UAUCGAUAGUUUUCAAUAACAUAAUCUUACAUGUCAAACUAUCUCAAUGUAACAAAAUAAUUUCGAUAGUUAAUAUAAGGUUCGGAACCGCUGCAUAAUGCGUUUGCUUAAAGUGGGCAACCGCAUGGCCGCUCUGCGUGUGCGUUUGGAGGAGAAAUUUACACUGCCAGAGCGUUUCAAAGGAACUGUCGUGGAGAAGUGGGCCAGCUACUGGAAGGGAUUGUUGCGUGACUACUCAGAAGUGGCCGCUGGCGUCAUAAAAGAGUCGUAUGCUAAGCCUAAGAAAACGCUGGCAUACGGAACGUGCAUAAUCGCCCUGUACCAGACGGCCAAGAACAAUCCAGAUCACCUUGCCUUUAUGACGCUAUUGCGUAAACAAACAAACCGCAUGAUAACGCUGCCACCGGCACAACAGAACCCCGAAUCAGCCGAAUAUCUGAUUAUGCUGGAGCGUGCCAUCAAUCAGAAGAAGCUGCGCCUCCUCUCCCUGGGCUUCUUCACGCUGAUGUGGGUGGAUAUGUAUGACGAGGAUGACUGCACCUAUCCGGCCAUUUGUGAGUACACAACAGUAGGCCUUCUGAAUUUCCACGAACGCAUCAUCGAUGUGGGCUUUUGGAACCAGUUCUGGCGUCUCAAGUGGAAGAUGCGAAAUUACGAUAUCAACUAUCUGUGAUAGUGUUUGAAUAGGCGCACCACAUUGUGCUUCAUCUAGUGAUCGCGAAAUCAACUUGUCUGUUACCUCUGCUUAGUUAUGUUUAAUAUCAUAAAUUGUACAUC